AUCCACGCGUCUCCCAAAGCAUAUAUGGCCUGUUGCGUGCAGCGGAGUACAGACAUGAAAAGGUGUAUGGGGAAAGGUUGCGCAGCAUGGUUUCAGAAAAGAAGCAGGACCACCUUAGUCGGACGCCCCCUAUGUUUUGGGCUCCUGAAGCUGUCAUUAUUGUGACUCGUCUAGGGCGGACUAGGCCAAUAACGCAAACCUCCGACGCCUCCAGGCUCGAUCAGUCCACAGCUCGGUUAUUCUUAGCACCUCGCAAGCAAAAAGAUUUUGCCAUGCAAAUAGUGCAGCCAUGUGAUACCCCACUCUGACUACCACUACACCAUCUGGUGGCUUGAAAAGACAAUGGCCAUGCAGAUGACGAUGCAGGCCAGGGAGCGCCAUAGCCUGGAUCGUAAUCAUCCUAGCAUACCCCGGCACAUACGACACUACGCCAC